AUGGGUUUUAAGCGCACUUUUGAUGCUGAGGACAUGCAAGAGCUUAACUUUAAGCAUGCAAGACAGAUUAGUUAUUGCAAUAAGCUGGCUAAACUUGACGAAGGAGUUCCAUAUCAUCGUGUUUCGUUCGAGAAGUCAGGUGUUAUAGGAGAGGGUCGUAGUGAUCUCUAUGGGUUUAAAUGUGACGAUAAUGUUGAGAAGGUGUUUGAGAGUAAUGCACCUUUCUCUUGGAUCACAACUGGUUUUGAGGAGGAGGAUGCUGAGUCUGGAGCGACGACUCUGUCUACCCUUUCUCAUGAAUCUCCUGAGUCGGAUUUCCCCUGGAAACCAGUUUGCCCGGCAGAUGAUGUUUACUGGUGUCAGAUGUCUCCUAGAAAACCAGUUCCAAUCGGGUCGGAUUACCAGGCUGAUAUUCCUGAAUGUGUCAAGGAACAAGUCCGAGAUGAGUCGGGUGAUGCUAAUGAUCACAAUGAAGCACAGGUGACGGGGAAGUGCGUAAUUCCAAUGCCUGAUUUUGAAACCGAGGACUGCAAAACCGGUAAAGGAAGAAAGGAGUGCGUUUGCCUUGACAAAGGCUCCAUCAGAUGUGUUCAGCAGCAUAUUAUGGAAAACAGAGAAGGCUUGUUUGAUGCUAUUGGAUAUGAAAGAUGUAUGAAUAUAGGUCUCUGUGAAAUGGGGGAGGAACUUGCUGGUAAACUAACUGAAGACGAGGAAGAUCUAUUCCACGAGAUUGUUUACUCCAACCCGGUUUCACUGGACCAGGAUUUCUGGAAACACCUGAAAUCUGCGUUUCCUUCACGAACCAUGAAGGAAUUAGUGAGCUAUUAUUUCAACGUCUUCAUUUUGCGAAGAAGAGCUGUCCAGAAUCGUUCUAAAAGCCUAGAUGCGGAUAGCGAUGAUGACGAGUGGCAAGUUGAGUAUGACAACACCUGUUAUGGUGCUGAUACUCCAGAUGAGAAAACUGGAAAAAGCCUCUCAAGGGACGAAGAAAAAGAAGAAGAGGCUAAUGUUAAAGAAGAUUCGUGCAUGUCCUUUGAGUUCCAGUCCAAUGUUAUCUACUCUCGAUGUCCAGUAAGAAACAGGGAAGAAUCCAACAUUGGGAAUUACUGGCGCCACUGCAGUGAUCUUGUGGAUCAUUCGUAUUCAUUCGAUCCUUGUGAUUCGAUACUACCAGAUGAUCAUUGUUGGAAUAAGAACAUUGAUCUUCUUCCAACUUCAAACAUCAUCGACGAGAUCUUUGGUCAAGACCCAUGGGAUGAUUUCUCUAGGGGGAAGUAA